ACAGCUGAGCGCAGCUGUCAAACCCAGCAAAGCAGUGAUGUGUCAGUGUACGUGGUUUCUAAAAAUUUAUCAUUUAAACAAAAUAUUCAUAAAUUUACAAAAUAAUUAAGAAAGUACUGCCGUUUGUUGUAAAUGAUAUUAAUAUUAAUGUAGUAUCGAAUACAAGAAGUAGCCACCCACCUUUAAACAUGGAUAUAACGCAAAAGUUCAAAGCCGGUGUAAUGACAGUGAAAUUACAACGCAAAGGUGAACUGCCCCCACAGGUAGUGGAUAAACAACGUAUUCUGCCUAAAAGCGGCGCUGGUGUUGGAGCUGGUCAUCGUGAUGAAUUCACAAGGCUAGCAAAGGAUGUGUGCCACAAAAUCACAACAUUGCGUAAUGUGCUGGUGGAGAAUCGUGCUGCCUAUAUGCGUAUAGGUCAGCACCUGAAGAGUGCCACACAUAUGAGCGAUGAGCAACGUGAUCUUAUUGACCGAGAAUCAGAAAAAUUCGUAGCAUAUUAUACGCAGCAUCUGGCACAAAUGCGCAUCGAUUGGAAAAGUUCAAAAAGAAAAGCACAACAACAACAACACAUUGAAGCCGUAAUCGAUUUAUUAGAACGCUAUUUACACAGUGUACAACAAAUUUAUUUAGAACAAAAACGUUAUCGAGUGCAAUAUGAAUUGGAAACCUAUAAACUAUUAAAAUUAGCAGCUGAUAAAAAGAAAAUACCAGUGCGACCAGCUGGUGAGCAUAGUGGUCGCCGCGUGCCACGACAGUCGACAAGCAGUAGCAACGAUGCUGAUGAUGUGGUUGAUGAAUUACAACCACGGAGUUUAUUGAGUGAGGAUGUGUCAGACUUACAAGGCGAUUGGCUAGAUGACGAUGACUUGAGCGUUAGUAAUUAUAAUAAAAACGAACUAAACGAUGCAGCUGAUGGUAAAAUUAAUGGAUAUCUAACUGACGAGGAAAAUUUAAAUACAAGUGGUUCACAACUGCGACACCGACAUCCACACGCCACAACUGAAGAUAACAUUGGUAGUGGUGGUGAAUUGAAAACAACACAAUCCUCACAGAAGGUGGCCUUAGACGAGGAUUUACAAAAAUCACAGCAAUUGGAAGAUGAGGCUGAAGCAGCUAAAAAACUUUCACCCGAAGAUGUGCAAAUGUACGAACAGGAGAAUGUGCAACUAUAUCAUGAAUUACAGGGUGUGGCCGAAGAAGUGGAACAAAUUGAGAAAAACGUGGUAGACAUAGCGCAAUUGCAGGACAUCUUUACAGAGAAGGUUUCUCUGCAACAACACAACAUUGAGCGUAUCGCAAACGCCGUCAUUGGUGCGACCGAAAAUGUCAAGGAUGCAAAUGAGCAGAUCAAACAAGCUAUACAACGCAAUGCUGGCCUACGUGUAUGGUCACUAUUUUUCCUAUUAGUAAUGUCAUUUGCUUUACUCUUCCUUGACUGGUAUUACGACUGAAAUCAUGUUAGGAAAGUAAUGCUAAUUUCAAGCGUGAAAUUAUAUAAUAGAACCAACAUUAUAUUAUAUCGUCUUAAUAAUAUUUGUUGUGGAAUUUAAAAUAUUUUUAAAUAUUAGGAAUCUAUGUUUUUUAACUGACACACAUAUGUACGGUGAUAAAAAUAUUAAGUUAUUUAGUUGGAAAUAUCUUGUAAUGAUUUAUAAUAGUCGUACACAGUCACUUUAACAUGCAUUUUUACAUAAACUAUGUGAAGCAUACUUUUUUGUACCGUAAUUAGCUUAAGCACAUACAUCCAUACAUAUAUACGAAAUACUAAAACAAUAAUUAUGGCGCAACGUGAAAAUAAUAAAAACAGCUAUUUUACAGCAUUUAGUUAGAAAAUUAAUGUGGGAAAUAUAA